AUGACAGCAAACAGUCAAGACGCAAACAAGUGGAUACUGCUAUUCAAAAGACUUGUCUCAGUAAUUAUAAACUUAUUUUUAAUUGGCUUCAUUAUUCACAGCUUUUCGUUUUUAAGCUCAAGUAACCUCCGUGAUCUUUUUCCAGCUUUUCGUCUCGGCGGUCGCUAUGCGUAUCUGUGGAUUGGCAUUCUGUUUUUUGGCAUCUCGUUCGAAACCAGGUUCCUCUACAUUGCUUCGCAGAAUUACAUCUGGCACGCGCAGUCGAUACUGACGUUUUUUGGACGACGCGUGCCGACAUAUAUCUUACUGUUCCAGCACCCAGUAUUUGAUUUCACGAAUUUCAUUUCUAGGUUGUAUUUUCCAACAUGUAUUGAAGGUCUGGCGGCUGCUCUCGGCUCGUUGGUUCUCACGAUGCCAUUCAAUAUGAUCGGUUCAAAGUUUUUGUGGUGGACCUACCAUCAAAGUCACCCUUACCUGCAGGAACGCACGUUCCUCGUUCCAUGGGCGCUACCUGUUACGCACGCUAUAUCGCUUUUUGUCUUUGUCAGCCUCGUCAACUUACUGCAGCAUUUCUUGGUUUCCAGCGAUUACGACUGGAAAAAGUUCAUCAGAGAAAUCGUGUGCGUUUCCGUGCCGGCAGUAAUUUCUCCAUACUGCGGUGUGGUGCUAUACGAGUCGGUUUUUGCUCUGCUGACUGUCUUUUGGCACGUUCCCGUUCGGAGCGUUGCUAUAACUCUGAUGUUUAGCCUCCUUGUGCUUUUUUGGUUGAUAGACCGUCGAUCAGUUCGCAAAUACGCGUUCGGACGUGAGUUUUCUGGCAACACCUGCCGUUUGUGGUGGUUCGACGAGUUGUUUGUGCUCGUUUUAUGUCUCUACUCUGUAUUCUUUGCGCUGCUAUUUGUCGAAGACCCCGAAAGCAUCGUUUCCACCGGCAUGCACCAACCGAUUGGAUCAUGUGAUCAAGAGGAGCACUUUCAAAACUCAUUUGGUUUGGUAAGUAAUGCUUGCACCUCCUUUCCAGCCUUUUUGUGUUCUCCGUUUGUUUAUCACUGCAGAGAGAGUGGUAGUGUUGUUCUCGCCACAAGCAGUGAAAGCCUUUUGUUCAUUACAUGGCCGACUAGAUGUUUGUUUGCGUCUUGCAACAUAAGAACGUGA